AUGGUGCUGGAGGCGCUGCGGCCGCGGGCCGUGCGCUGGGCGCUGCUCGCCGCCUUCGCGGCCGGCGUGGCCGUGGGCUGGCAGGCGGGACGGCUCCGCCGCCGCUUCCUCCGCUGGAGGCAGCGCUACCUCCAGCGCCGCCUCGCCGCUGCCCAGGAAAAGCUGGACGCGGCCUGAGAUCCGGGAAAACCGGAGCCGGGCUCCCCCCCCCACACACCCCGCCGGUGGUGGAGACGGCGUGGGAGCGCUGCUGGGGAAGGAUAACACGCGUGGAAUAGCAGGGCUGCUGGUAAAGGACGGCAUUCAUGGAAUACCAGGGCUGCUGGUAAAGGACGGCAUUCAUGGAAUACCAGGGCUGCUGGAAAAGGACAGCGUCCAUGGAAUACCAGGGCUGCUGGAAAAGGACAGCGUCCAUGGAAUAGCAGGGCUGCUGGAAAAGGACGGCGUCCAUGGAAUAGCAGGGCUGCUGGAAAAGGACGGCGUCCGUGGAAUAGCAGGGCUGCUGGAAAAGGACGGCAUCCGUGGAAUAGCAGGGCUGCUGGAAAAGGACAGCAUCCGUGGAAUAGCAGGGCUGCUGGAGAGGGACAGCAUCCGUGGAAUAGCAGGGCUGCUGGAGAGGGACAGCAUCCGUGGAAUACCAGGGUUACUCUUCCACCCUUCAGAAGGCAGGAUCCCAAACUGUGUCCACAGGCCUAACAAAAUACUGAGGAUACAGGAGCAAUGAUACCAGACCUGGAAAGGGCUGCCCAGGGAGGUGGUGGAGUCUCCCCAUCCCUGGAGGUGUCCAAGGAACACCUGGACGUGACACUCGGUGCUCUCGGCUGGGUGACAACGUGGGGAUCCAGCACAGGUUGGACUCGAUAAUCCUGGAGGUGUUUUCCAACCCAAAUGAUUCUGUGGUUCUGUGAUUGCCCCAUUCCAAAGGUAGUCUGCACUUGUCCAGCUCUGAGCCUGCUGCUCUGCCCUUGCCAGGAAGCACUGCUGACACAAUAAAGUGGCCAAAAUCAUGA